GACAGAAGGGGGAGGGGGCCGAAAGUGAGAGCACACAGGAGACUGAGCACAGAGGCAGAGAGAGGCAGACAGAGAGAAAACGAGCCACGGAGCAGGAGGGUGUGCUGAGCAGAGCCAGAGCUUAGAGGGACCCAGCGAGGGCGGUGCGGGCAGAGGCAAAGCCAGUGACCACAGGCGCCUGCAAACCCGGAUUUCAGGGCGCUACAGGAGUUCAGCGGGGCACCGGGCUACUGGCCAAGAGGUGGUGCGGGGCUGGGACUGACCGCUCGCCCAGGUGCUCGCCGGUGAGGUGACUCAGAGUCUAAGAGGUUCCGCGCCCAGGUGCUCGCCUGGGAGGUCGCUUGGGCUUCCAGGUGGCUGCAUGCCUAGGUGCUAGCCCAGGGGGUGGUGCGGGGCUCUGGGUUGUUGGACGCUCUCUGGGUAGCCAUGGCGACAGGGGACAGGGGUCGCUGGGCCGCCGCGUCUCCGAGGGGUUGAGGAGGCAGCGGGCUGCGCCAUGGCGGCGCGGGGUUGCGGGCCCUGAGCGCCAGCUGCGGGGCGCGCACCAUGAACUCGUGGGACGCGGGCCUGGCGGGGCUGCUGGUGGGCACGAUCGGCGUGUCGCUGCUGUCCAACGGGCUGGUGCUGCUCUGCCUCCUGCACAGCGCUGACAUCCGCCGCCAGGCGCCGGCGCUCUUCACCCUCAACCUCACGUGUGGCAACCUGCUGUGCACCGUGGUCAACAUGCCACUAACACUGGCCGGCGUCGUGGCACAGAGGCAGCCUGCCGGGGACCGCCUGUGCCGCCUGGCCGCCUUCCUCGACACCUUCCUGGCUGCUAACUCCAUGCUCAGCAUGGCCGCGCUCAGCAUCGACCGCUGGGUGGCCGUGGUCUUCCCGCUGAGCUACCGUGCCAAGAUGCGCCUCCGAGAUGCUGCGUUCAUGGUGGCCUACACGUGGCUGCACGCGCUCACCUUCCCGGCCACUGCACUCGCCUUGUCCUGGCUGGGCUUCCACCAGCUGUACGCCUCUUGCACGCUGUGCAGUCGGCGGCCCGAGGAGCGCCUGCGCUUUGCUGUCUUCACCAGCGCCUUCCACGCGCUCAGCUUCCUACUCUCCUUCAUCGUGCUCUGCUUCACGUACCUCAAGGUGCUCAAGGUGGCCCGUUUCCAUUGCAAGCGCAUCGACGUGAUCACCAUGCAGACCCUCGUGCUGUUGGUGGACAUCCACCCCAGUGUGAGGGAACGCUGUCUUGAGGAACAGAAGCGGAGGCGACAGCGUGCCACCAAGAAGAUCAGCACCUUCAUAGGGACCUUCCUUGUGUGCUUCGCGCCCUAUGUGAUUACCAGGCUGGUGGAACUGUUCUCCACGGCACCCAUUGGCUCCCACUGGGGUGUGCUGUCCAAGUGCUUGGCCUACAGCAAGGCUGCAUCUGACCCCUUCGUAUACUCCUUGCUGCGACACCAGUACCGCCGGAGCUGCAAGGAGCUUCUGAACAGGCUCUUCAACAGGCGCUCCAUUCGCUCUGUGGGCCUCACAGGUGACUCUCACAGCCAGAACAUUCUGCCAGUGUCGGAAUGAAGGACGGCUCUCCUGUUGGGUGGUUCAGGAUGCGAUGGCCAGAGCAGAGGGAGGUGGUCUGGGAUUCCUGGGUGGACAGUCACUGCUACCAUUGCCUGGCGACUGCAGUGAUGCUGAUGUCUGAACGAGUCCUGGUCCCUGCUUCUUGGCCCUUCCAGGGUAGAUGUCAAACUGCCUCAUUUGUCACCAAAGGAUGGCCAUAGUCCAUGCCCUGGCCUUUCUUCCUAAGAGUGUGUUUUGAGUGCUUGCACUCACCAAAGGCCUCCCAAAGGAUGGAAGGCCAGUCAUUGUCCAGGACACAGAGUACUGGUGGCAGGUAUGGGACAUGACACCCACCUGUUUGCUAACUACUGGUUGUGGCGCUCCAUGCUCCAAAGGACAUUUCAGUGAGGGUGGCUUUGGCCAUCUGGCCCCAGAUCUAAUAUGACAUCUCUUUUCUACUUGGUAGUUUUUGCUGCUGCAACCCAAAUAUUAGGCAGCUGGUACCAACUAUCUAAUGACCAGCUGGCACCCUUGGGCUCUGCACUCAAUGGGAACAUGUUUAACAUGAGUUUGCUGCCUACCGGUUGUCUUAGGAACAAUGAAUUUGAUUCAACUUUUGUCCCUCUUUCAUCAAACAAACUAAUGUUUGCGUGUGUUGACAAUCUUAGCAUGAAAGUGGUCGCAAUAGUCAGGUCAUAGAUAAUGUUAGAUUCUACAACCUCUGAGCAAGAAGUCACCUUCUUCUGAUUUCCAUGCCACAGCUAUGGGAGCCCAGGAAAGCAGGAAGAUGGUGGCUGGUCUUUCCUACCUCCCCAUCUGGGAUGUGAGUUGCUAGGAAGUACUUCCUCUCGGCUUAGACAUCUUGCCAUUGUAUCCUGGGAGGUGGGGGCACAGGAGCUGACCUGAACGGAGAUGCGGGCUCAGAUUCUCACGUACCGGCUUCCAUUAUCCUGGUGGCUCAUUAUGAUCAUUCUGCAGUUUUGUCCUGAGAAAGCAGGGGCCAUGCAAGGUCACCACAAAAGUGUUCUGUGCCACUGAUGAGAGAGUGCAA